ACUGGUCAAAAAGAAGAAGAAGAACUCAAUUUUUCCCCCUGAGUAUGAGGUGGUGCCUGCCACUCUUGGUGAUCUUGUCCAAGCAUUCGCUGGAUUCUCUGAGUUUGAAGAAACAACCCUCAUCAAGGAUUACAAGCACACUGGCCGGAGCUCUGGGAGGGCCAGCGUACGAGGAGGUGUUGACAUGGCUUCAGCUGGAGUCAGUGCAGGAGCACUCAGACACAGAGAGACUUCAUCUGUCGACAUUAAUGCAAAGACAGCAAACUUAAGCAAGAUGAGGGAGAUAUGUCUUGGCCAGAAGAUAAACCAUGUCCACAUGCCAACACUGAGGAAGGGAGAGGUGUUGGGUUUUGUGAGCAAGAUUGUGUUCAACACAAACGACGUCCACCUCUGUGGAAGAACUGAAGUGGACGGCUCCUGCGAAGCACGUUGGAAGAUAAUGAAUUUCUCUCUGAAGGGCAAGAAGAAGGACAACAGUUCCUUUACUGUACCAGCAGGACACAUCUAUGGCUACAGGUUCAACGAGAUCAAAUUCAAGGAAGAGGAGGACAUCCAAAUCCUGAAUACGUGCCGUUAUGAAGCGAUGGAAUGGGUAUCAGGAAGAAUGGCAGAAAUAACCCGGGAACCAAAUAUAUUUAAAUCUGGUGACUCCAUUAAAGUGACCUUGAACUACCUGCAAAAAAUGCAAGAAGGAAAACGGAAACCCAGCCUUCCCAGUCCGAUAAGAUUGGACGAAGUAGCCCUGGAACCAGGAACAUCUGAAUCUGACGACUCCACUGAAGAGACCUUGGAGACCCUGCAACAAAUGCAAGAAGUGGACGAAGUAGCCCUGGAACCAGGAACAUCUGAAUCUGACGACUCCACUGAAGAGACCUUGGACACCCUGCUACAAAUGCAAGAAGAAUUUACUUACAAGUCUCACAUUGAGUACGUUGGUGGUAAAGCGGAGGAACAGCGACUCAGCCCUCCCAGUCCGAUAAGAUUGGACGAAGUAGCCCUGGAACCAGGAACAUCUGAAUCUGACGACUCCACUGAAGAGACCUUGGACACCCUGCUACAAAUGCAAGAAGAAUUUACUUACAAGUCUCACAUUGAGUACGUUGGUGGUAAAGCGGAGGAACAGCGACUCAGCCCUCCCAGUCCGAUAAGAUUGGUAGAAAAAGCCCUGGAACCAGAAACAUUUGAACCUGACGACUCCACUGAAGAGACCUUGGAGACCCUGCAACAAGUGCGAGAAAAGUUACUGAGGACAGAAACUGUUCUCCGGCCACUGGCUCAUCUUCCCCGGGUGACUCGUUUCGCUUUGUUCCAGAGUCUCAGUGUGCUCUCAGAGGACAGAGACGCUCUGACUCUUCUGAAGAAAAAGCUGGAUCAGUGGCGUGCAGGUGAGCCUCUUGAGCAGCCGCAGUCCCAGUCGGUGUGUUCUGUUCUUCAUCUGCUCAGUGGCUUCGCAACCCCACCGUCACACACAGGAUCUCGUAUGACUGACUCGACCCUGGAAGCUGUUUACCUGCUGGUCAGCGCGAUGGACAAACUGCCAGAACAUGUGACAUCACUGAUCGCCAAGUACCGCCCCGACACACUGAGAGGCCUCAACCAACUGGUGAGCAGCCUGAUGGAGGACGGUCAGGCUCAUCUCUCUGAGUCUCUGCCUGCUGCUCUGCAGGAUGGAGGGCAGCUCCACUGGCUCGCCGUGUUCCUCUGCUCCUCCGACGAGUCCCUGAGAGAGCCGUCUGAGCAGACGAUAGUGGCAGGAGAUGAACCGGGAGUGCUGCUGUUGGCCCUGUGUGUUGCUGUGCGGGGACUCAGCAUGUUGCGGCAGUAGAAUUACGCUGACCUGUUGCUUAGUCUUAUAGCUGCAGUUACUAUGAUGGGAGACAAAGGGAUUCUGGGUACAUUUAUGUGUCCUGCAUUUAGGACCACUGGGAGUCAAAGUAAUGGUCAGACUAAAUUGUCUUUGUGUUCAUCACCUGUUCUGUAUUUUGAUCCUGGGUAUUUCUGUCUUUUGUAUUUUUAUAUAGUUUUCUAUAACUGUUCUUACUCCUGCUGUUGGACAGAACAUUUCCAAUCUUGUAUUCUAUCAUUGAUUUAAGACGUAGUUCUAAUGGUCUGCUUUUAAAUUUGAUCAGGUGUUGUACUAAUUUUCUGUCAUGCCACAUUGGCUUUACUGGUCCAGCUACCUGUCUAUAGAAGGAGGAGCUAACCUUUGGUCUUGAGGACAGGAGGAAGAUCCUGCUUGGCUAGA